AUGAGCUUUAUUAAAUUAACAUAAAGAAUUAAUAGAAAAUCUUAAAUUUAUAAUUGUUUAUCAUAGUAUUUUUUUGGAACUGCUACUUACAAAGGUAAACCAUACUAUGACGUCGUGAUUUCAGGAUGUGGUCCAGUUGGAGCAGGAUUUGCAUGUGCUUUAUCUAAUAGCCCAUAUUUUUAAAGAACUUCCAAAGAUGAAAGUAAGAGCAUUUUGAUACUUGAUAAUUAGAAGCCUCCUAAAAUCGAAGAAGUAAGCCUUAAUCAAACACCUGAUUAGCGUGUUUAUAGUAUUAGUGGUUCAAGUUAAAAAUUUUUGUAAUCAAUUGGAGCAUGGAAUUUGCUAGAUCACAAAAGAAUAGGCAAAACUGAAUAAAUGUAGGUAUGGGAAAGUAAUGGAUAAGGAUACUUGAAAUUUCACUUAUCAGAAAGCUAAUAAGACUCUAAUUUAGGUUUAUUGAUGGAAAACAAUAAUAUUGUUGCAGCUAUAGUUAAGCGUUUAGAAGAAUUAGACCAAGUUGAGUUUGCCAUUCCUGAUUCUAUUGAAAAGUUUGAAGAUAGCUAAGAAAACGAUAAUAUAUAAUUGAUACAAUUAAAGAGUGGUAAAUAAGUUUAUGCAAGAUUAGUAGUAGGUAGUGAUGGUCGCUAUUCAGCAGUUAAAGAAAAAAAAGGAAUCCCUACUUAUGGCUGGAUGUAUAAUUAAAUGGGUGUUGUUUGUUCCAUAAAAACUACAAAGGCAACCAAAAAUACUGCCUAUCAAAGAUAUUUAGAAGGUGGCCCACUUGCAAUCUUACCCCUUUGGGAUGAUUAUAGUUCAAUUGUAUGGAGUGUACCACCAUAUUAAUACGAAGAAUUGAUGAAGCUAUCUGAUGAGGCUUUCCUUAAUGAGCUAAACCAUGCUUUAUGCAAACCAAGCAUUAUGGAUACUCCUACAUUAGCAUUAACUCCAGAGGCCAACAAGAGUGAUUUUACUUCUCCACCAAUAGUUACAUAAAUUUGUAAUAAGAGAUUAGCUUUCCCUCUAGCAUAGCUCUAAAGUAGAAGAUAUAUAGAUAAAAAUGUAGCUCUUAUUGGUGAUGCAGCUCAUUCUAUUCACCCUCAUGCUGGUUAAGGAGUUAACAUGGGAUUUAAUGAUGCAGUAGCAUUAGCUAAUAUUGUUAUUAAAAAUAAAAGAGUAGGUCAUAACAUAGGUGAUAUUAUUUCACUUUAAGAAUAUGAAAACUAAGCUAAGUUAUUUAAUUAUGCAAAUGCUAUAUCUAUGGAGUUUAUCAAAAAGAUGUAUGAAUUACCUGGCCCUUUUGCAUUCAUAAGGAAUGUUGGUGCAAAUAUUAUAAACAAUAACUCCUUUUUAAAAGAAAACUUUAUGAAGGUUGCUUCUCAUCAUCCUCUUGCACCUUCAUCUUAUGAAUGGGAAAGUUAAAAUUGA